AUUCGACCGAGUAGCUGCGCUGGGAGAGCAUCAUUACCUUUACCGCCGUUUUACCACUCACUCAUCUGCUGACAGCUGCCAUCUCCGGUGACUGCACAGUGUUUACCGAAUUGUCUUCCCAGAGGUGCAGAUAAAUUGUGUGAAAUUGAUACAUUGGUUGAUGUAUCUACAUUGAAACCAAAAAGCCCCUCGAGGUGUCCUGAGACGAAACCGGACUGCUCUCCCCCUCCACACACACACACACACACGCUUCCCGUGCAGCACUGCGCAGAAACGGGGCGCAGCGAACCAACAGGAGAGCGACAGUAGCGAAGCCCAACGUAACAGAGGAGUUUGGACAAACGGCUGGCAGUAGAUGAAUCCUGUUCUUUAGGACUUAGCUCAAUCAAACUACACCCCUCUUUCGGAUUUGCACUUGGACGUGUGACGGUAAUAGUGUAGGAUGGAUUUCCCCGUGUUUAUGGCUCUGUUGAUUUGCGCGCUGGCGGUCCCGGGAUUCGGUGAUAUGGGGAGCGGAAAAGCUCAGAGUUGUUCGGAUAUCCGACAGUUCUACAAUGGCAAGGGAUUCAGUCUGAACGGAGUGCCUCAAUCAGAAAUAUCAGGAGAGCACCUGAGGAUCUGUCCCCAGGGCUACACGUGUUGCACCAGUGUCAUGGAGGACAGCCUAUCCAAUCUGAGUCGCACAGAGAUGGAGGGCCUGAUCAGAGACGCUGGACGGGCCCUGCAAGCCUCCCUCAAUGGACAGUACAAAGUCUUCGAUGGUUACCUCCUGGAGUUGCUGAACCGUUCUGAGGGUGUCCUGCAGCAGUCGUAUCCUCCGGCGCUGGGUUCCCUGUACACCCAGAACACCCGCGUGUUCUCUGACCUGUACACAGAGCUGAGACGGUACUACCGUGGUUCCAACGUUAACAUAGAGGAGGCGCUCAAUGAGUUCUGGGCCCGCCUGCUGGAGAGGAUGUUCAAGGGAGCCAAUGGACGGUAUCUCAUAGGCGAUGACUACCUGGAGUGUGUGUCCAAGCAGUCGGAGACGCUGCGACCCUUUGGUGACAUCCCCCGAGACCUCAAGUUGAAAGUGACCCGUACAUUUGUGGCGGCACGCUCCUUUGUCCAGGGACUGGUGAUCAGCGGGGAGGUGGUUCGCAAGGUGUCACAGGUACCCCUGAGCCCAGAGUGCAUGCGUGCCAUCAUGAAGAUGACCUACUGUCCCCACUGCCGUGGGGUGGCCACUGCCAGGCCCUGUGCCAACUACUGUGCCAACGUACUGAAGGGCUGCCUCGCUAACCAGGCCGACCUGGACACAGAGUGGAGGAACUUGGCUGAUGCCAUGCUGCAGGUCUCUAACAGGUUUGAGGGUGUGUCCAGUGUCGAUGUGGUGUUCCUCUCUCUCCCCACACACAUCUCAGAGGCUAUCACCACCAUGAUGGACAACAUAGACACAUUUAACAACAAGGUGUUCCAGGCAUGUGGGAAUCCGAGGGAGGGAGGAACCAGCAGCACCGGGUUGGAGGAGGUGAAGAGGAGUGGGAAGGUUACAGUGGAGGACAGCCCAACCUCUGGGGCUAGGCUGGAGAAACUGGUGUCUGAUGUGUCGAGGAGGCUGAGGGACAUGCAGCCCUACUGGGUCUCGUUACCCAGCACCCUCUGCAGUGACAGGGUGGCCACUAGGUCCCAAGCAGACAAGUGCUGGAACGGCAUGGCCCGUGCCAGGUACCUUCCAGAGGUGAUGGGUGACGGCCUGGCUAGUCAGAUCAACAACCCUGAGGUAGAGAUCGACAUCACCAAGCCAGACAUGACUAUACGCCAACAGAUCAUGCAGCUCAAGAUCAUGACCAACCGCCUCAAGAACGCUUUCAAUGGCAACGAUGUGGACUUUCAGGACACCAGUGAUGAUGUCAGUGGUUCAGGAAGUGGGAUGUGCACAGAUGAAAACUGUCCCCGGGGCCCGCGCCUCAUGGCCCCCAGCACAGACAGACCCAAAGUGUACGCCUACCCUCCGGAGAACAAGAAGGUUGUGAAAGCAUCAGCUGACCACAACCUCCCAUCCAUCGCCUUCUACCUGCUCUCAUUGGUUAUGUUGCUGCUCCGACGAUAAUUGAUAGGGUAUUCCACCAAUCGAGACUGAGUUUGGAACAUGGGGGGCAGGACGAGGUGUGGGAAGAGAAGAGAAGAUGUCGUGGGGUUACUUACUUACUUUGCCAAAACAAAACAAAAAUAACGAGAAAAACCCCCGAAUGGACUUCCUUUUGGUCUCGGAUAAGAACAAACGUUGUAAUGAGUAUUAUGUUAUUCAGAAAUGUUUUGGUUCUGUUCUUGUCUUUUAUUUUACGGUAUAUGGCACCACUAGAGCUCGUCUUUUCACAUUUUUAUUUUGUUUUGUUUUCUGGUGUUUGGGUUCUCUGAGAUAUCUGUACCUAAGACAUGUUAAGAGUCAAUCUAUAGACUAUAGAGAUAUACAGGAUGUUAGUGUUGGUUGACGCUGUGCUGUGUAAGGGGGACUCUUCAGUCAUGCUGAGCCUAACGUUUGUAUUCCUAAUCAUGUCAACAGCCUUUAUGUCUGAGGAGAUGAUUUAUUUAUUAAAAACAGAGGAAUAUAAUCCCCCCGGAGCGUCUUUGGGCUCCCCAAUAUUUAUAGAAAAACUACUUCUACCCCAAACGAAAUAAACUAUUGAUGAGUUUUAUGAAAGAUAAUCUGGUUUCGGUAAGGCCCUAAAAACCUUAAACCUUUAAACCCACACAUUACAUGGCAACAGUGAGAAAAUGAAAACGCUUCACAUAAGCCGUUUUUUCCUCUGCUUGAUAAUAUAAGGCAGUAAUAAGAGUCGUGAUCAUAUUCACACAGACAUGAUCCCUCCACCCUUACUUCUGUCUUUCCCAGAGCAGAUCUGUUUCUCUAGGCUUUGGUGGCUCUAUAGGACCAGAUGGGGAUUUUUAUUUUAUUUUUGGGGGGAGAAUUUACAGUGUUAGUGUGACCACAGUAGUCCUCUGUAUUGACACGAUAUUGGCAGAAUAUGGUAGUAUAUGGGCUGUGUGGGUGUGUACUGCCGUUUGUUCUGUCUCAGUGGAGGCCGGUGGGAGGAGCUUUAGGAGGACGGGCUCAUUGUAAAGGCUGGACUGGAAUCAAUGGAACGGAGUCAAACAAGUGGUUUCCAUGUUUGAUGCUGUUCCAAUUAUUCCAUUCCAGCCACUGCAAUGAGCCUGUCCUCCUAUAGCUCCUUCCACCAGCCUAUUCUGCUCUGUCUUCAUAUAAUGGACCUUGGACAACAUAAUAAUGUGUUACUUUCUUGUUAAUGACGAAGAUUUGAUGGUACCUAUGAUGAAUACUUUUGGACAGAGCCAGCCAGCUACAGUGGAGUGGUUUUUACAUACUGCACUAUAACCACUUGUUGUAAAGCAGACUGUGUACAUGUGUCUGACCGACCGUUUCUCUGUUUGGAUGGAUUGACUUAGGGAUUGGAAUUCUGUGAUGAUCACUCAAAUAGCUUUUUCUCUCCCUCCUCUCAUCUCAUUCUCUUUCUUCUCACCUCCCACCUUCUUUCUCUCCCUUCUCACACAGUGCCUCUCUUCCCACUCCCUCUCUCAGUUCUCUCUGCCUCCCAGGCUAUUUUUCAUGGUAUACUAUUCAUCUGUUAUGAAGACCUGCAAAUUGUUCUCCAAUGCUUUUUUUGGCAUUAUGACAAUGACAGAGCUUCAUCAUACUGCAAAAUGAUUGGGAUAUUGUGGGAAUGUUGUGGAAGGCCUUUGCUGAUGAAAAUCGUGCAGCCAGGGAGGAAGGAUGUACUUCAACUUAGUUCAAAUAAUUGUCAAGGCUCUCAGUCUUAGACCACUGUGUGGGUGGGGGUGGGGGGGUGGAGGUGUGUGUGUGUGUGUGUGUGUGUGUGUGUGUACACGCACGCAUGAUAAAGAAGGUCUUCUUGGGCUUAUUCAACAAGAUGGAAACCGAUAGAAACAUAUUGUAUAGAGCUGAUUCAAUGCUUUACGCCACAUGAUAUUAAAAACAUUGUCUCUUGUACAGCAAUAUAUUUCUAUCUACAGACUGAAUAGGCCCCCUUAGGGACGAGUGGAGAUGCUUUGAUACGGUCUGCGCUCGUCAAUAGCCGACAUCGAAAGUGCAAUCAAUGAGGAGAUUGGAGAGAUGUAUGACUCCAGAGACAAGGUCAUACACUAGAACUGAGGUCUUCAGCCUAUGACUGUACACUAGAACUGAGGUCUUCAGCCUAUGACUGUACACUAGAACUGAGGUCUUCAGCCUAUGACUGUACACUAGAACUGAGGUCUUCAGCCUAUGACUGUACACUAGAACUGAGGUCUUCAGCCUAUGACUGUACACUAGAACUGAGGUCUUCAGCCUAUGACUGUGCACUAGAACUGAGGUCUUCAGCCUAUGACUGUGCACUAGAACUGAGGUCUUCAGCCUAUGACUGUGCACUAGAACUGAGGUCUUCAGCCUAUGACUGUGCACUAGAACUGAGGUAGCAAAGCAACACGUCAAUUAGGCAUGACCUUUUUGGUUUCUGAGGGAGGAAAUUCAGGAGGACACACAGGAACUGACAUGAUCCCGUUCAGAACCAUAGAGUUCAGAACACUCAAGUAGGAGGACUGCAGUAGUUAUCAAAGCCGGUCCUGGCGGAUCCCUUUGUAUCCAGGUUUUCCUUCCAACCUUCACACAAUUAUAUUCCAUUGAUCUGAUAUGCACUACAUUAUUCAAUUGAUAGAUUGGGUGAAAAACCUACAAGAGUCCUCUUGGACUGGUUAUUAACCUCUGUUAAAUAGGUUACGUGUGAAAAGGCCAAGAAAUAUUGUGAUACAUUUUGUGACACAAGGUAGUGCUCUGAUAAAGAGGGUACCAUGUGAGCUUGUGUAGGGGUCCCUGGUUUUAAACUGUCGUAUCUGUCGGUGUGACUGCCCGCAGUAACAUUCCAAUGCAAAGAGACAACUAACCACUUUUACUCACAACGACUUCACUCACUUUGAAUGGACACGCUUCGCAAUGCCACCGGACAAAAUUUGCACAACCCCUCCCAACACUCUUACUCCCCCUCUCUCUCCUCCCAACACCCUUACUCCCCCUCUCUCUCCUCCCAACACCCUUACUCCCCCUCUCUCCUCCAAACACCCUUACUCCCCCUCUCUCUCCUCCCAACACUCUUACUCCCCCUCUUCUCUCCUCCCAACACCCUUACUCCCCCUCUUUUCUCCUCCCAACACUCUUACUCCCCCUCUUCUCUCCUCCCAACACUCUUACUCCCCCUCUCUCUCCUCCAAACACUCUUACUCCUCCUCCAAACACCCUUACUCCCCCUCUCUCUCCUCCCAACACUCUUACUCCCCCUCUUCUCUCCUCCCAACACCCUUACUCCCCCUCUUCUCUCCUCCCAACACACUUUCUCCCCCUCUUCUCUCCUCCCAACACUCUUACUCCCCCUCUUCUCUCCUCCCAACACCCUUUAUCCCCCUCUUCUCUCCUCCCAACACUCUUACUCCCCCUCUUCUCUCCUCCCAACACUCUUACUCCCCCUCUUCUCUCCUCCCAACACUCUUACUCCUCCUCUCUCUCCUCCCAACACUCUUACUCCCCCUCUCUCCUCCCAACACCCUUACUCCCCCUCUCUCUCCUCCCAACACCCUUACUCCCCCUCUCUCUCCUCCAAACACUCGCGUGCUAAUCUGAAUAGUUCAAAGUCCACUGCCUCUUAUUAAACGCUGCACUUUUAUGACGUAAGAGGCCUAGGUAUUCGAUAGGAUGGCAAUCUGCACAAAGACAGAGAUCACUAGAUGUUGGAUUGAUAGGCGAGUCGACACUCCAUAUACGUCUACUGAUUAGGAUUAUGCAGAGAGAGAUGGACAACUGAGAUGGCUUCAGUCUGAGAAGGGUGAAAUAGCAAUGUCAGAUUUGGGAUUAAAUAAUAUUGAAAUCUUUCAAACACGUUUGCUCUAGCAUGCCUGGGGUUUUGCAGAUGGGCGUGGUUUGCAGUUAUUGCCCUAUUUUGUCCAUUAACCCAGGCCAGCUCAAUCAAGCACAGAUAAAGUAUUUGAAAUUAUUUCAAAUAUUAUUUGAGCCUAGGUCUGAUAUAACCAGUGGCCCUGGACACUACUCUUUCCCCUUCACAAGUUGAAUGUGGCAGGCAUUUCCAAAAGGUGACGAUUUGAAAGAAAACCAUAGCAAUUAAACAUUUUUUUUUACAUUUGGGGAUUUGUGUUUAUGGUGAUGGUAGAUGCAAGAAGAAAGAGUUUUGAGUCAAUAUGUGUAAUUUGCUGUUGUUUGUUCCUGGAACCUUGUGUCAAUUAUAUACGUUGUAAGAUUUUCAAGA